AUGAUAAGGCUCGUUUACCUUGCAUCCAUUCUCUGGCGCUUGCCAAGAGCUGCAACGAACGCGUCUCCUAACCCGCCUGUUCAUUCUUCCUGGAUCCCCUUCUUGGGUCACAUUUUCGGCAUUGCAACCAAGGGCUCUAAUUUAUACCUUUCAUCACUAUGUGCAAUCCAACGCUCGCCAAUAGCAACUCUGAAGCUUCCUGGACAGGACAUACACUUGAUUCACCCACGAGACGUAGCCAGCGUCAAGCAAUUCACGGGCAUGCGCCACUUGAGUUUAAUGGCUGUAUUCCAUGUUGCUGUCGGGCCGGCCAUGGGCCUCGGACCUGCGAGUGAGAAAUUCCUCACGGACCCUGAUACGGGUGGUUUUAAACGCGGCCUAUCCAAGCUGUUCAACGGCGAGCUGAGGAGCCUGCGGAAUCUUCAGAAGUAUGCCUCGCAGCUGGAGCAGAAAGUUGAUGAAUACUGGGGCGAGACUUUUACAGGGCAAGAUCCGGUGCUUAGAACCGGACUUGGGGCGUGGCUCUUUGAUCUGCUUUCACGCUCCAUGGGCGCCGUGUUUUGGGGCCAAGAAGGACCGUUCGAAGACGAACUCUUCCGUCAACAUCUGAGGCUGUUUAUUCAAAACCUGGAGACGUUGCGCAAUCCGAUCACGCCGCUUAUACCAUCCCAGCUCUUCUCGGCGCGGGAAUACGUGCGCAACAAGAUUACCCAGUCCGCGCACGGCAAGGCUUACGGACACCAGGGGGCAACGCUCUUUGAACGACUUGCUCUUCUCUACGAGUCCCUCGAGAUCCCCCAAGAGGGCUUCUCCGACUGUCAUCUGGUGGCUAUUGUCGGGCUCAUGUCCAACGUUAUAAACAUUGUGUCAUGGGCCUUUUGCCAUAUCGUGGCCGACGCGGAACUCAUGGCGUGUCUGCUGGCAGAACUCGAGAAGGUGGCCGGCGAGCCAUCUUCCCCCAACCUGGUCCUCGACGCUGACCAAAUCCGAACAUGCUGCCCGCUUCUAGUGGCAACCUGGUACGAGCUCCUGCGCGUGUAUGGGGACUCUCCCGUUGCACGCGGGGUGAAUGAGGAUUGUCUCUUCGACAACAAAUACCAACUCAGCAAGGGGUCCAUGAUCAUGACUCCCAUCCAUCUACUCAACUUUGAUAUGGACGUAUGGGGAGGAGACGCCGCCGCAUUCCGGCCCCGUCGCUUUCUCCAGGAUGGCGGCCAGGUAAAUGCGGAGCUGGUGAAGCACCUCAACGUCUUUGGCCUCCCUGGCAUGCACCAGUGCCCCGGGCGAUAUCUCGGACUGACCCUGACGCUUGCGGUUUUGGCCAAGACACUCCUGAGCUUCGACAUCACCCCCAUACCCGGCGAUGCUCUCGCACAAGGAACCGUACCUAAGCGAAAAGAGACUAUGCUGGGACUGCCGGCUAUGAGUCGAGACCCUGAUGUUAUUGUAAGACGUCGCGGGAAGACGCAAACUGUGCACAUCGUUUUCGAUAAUGUGAGACCUGGCUGGUAG